AUGGAGAGCUUGUCGAUCGCGGAUGAGAUUCGAGCCAUUGCGAACACGGAUCUGCUCAUCAGCGCACAUUCCGCGGCCCUCUCCUGGAUGAUGGCCCUGCCUCCUUGCGCGCAGGUCCUCGAGAUUUGUGCAGCUGGGAACUACCAGUUCAUCAACUACGCAAAGCUCGCCGGUGUGGAGCACCACUGUGCUGGCCCCCACAUCGCCUGGGGAACAAAAGGCUUCACGGCCCCGGUGGAUGACAUGGUGAAGCAGGCCAGAGAUGCCAAAGCCAGGCGUGACAAGUGCUUGAAAGAGAUGUGA